AUGGAGCCCAAGUACGAGUACGCCAGCGAACUGAACAUGUACCAGGCCAACUACAUGCGCAACUCCAAGGCGAUCGGGGUGCUGUGGGCCGUGUUCACGCUCUGCUUCGCCAUCAUCAACGUCGUAGUGUUCAUUCAGCCCCACUGGCUCGGGGACACGAAGGAGUCCCGAGGCACCGGUCACUUCGGCCUCUGGCAGUACUGUCACCUGAUCCAGGACGGACAGGACGUCACCUGCCAGGGAAGGCUGGACGACUUCAGUUCGAUCCCGUCGGCGGCGUUCCGUGCUGCCACUGUGUUCGUCGGAUUAUCCGUCGUCAUGGUCUUGUUAUGCAUUUGCUGCAUGCUGCUGUUCUUCGUCUUCCACUCGUCCACUGUGUUCCAUAUCUGCGGAUGGAUGCAAGUCUUUUGCGGUGAGUAG